CACAGAUCGCAAGGUAGGCCUUGCCGAUUCAGAGCGGACAAUCAAUAUUUCAUAAACUAAAAACAAAACAACGAAAAUACUCGAAAUUAAUUGUUUCCAAAUUAUCGUCACUGAUGCGCGAAAUCAUUGCCCUUCAUCUGGGCCAAUGUGGGAACAAAAUAGCGGAAAGCUUUUGGGAAACCAUAUGCGAGGAGCACUGUCUGAACGAGCGAGGACAGUUCAUCGGUAAACACUAUCUACCACUGCAGCGAAUCAACGUAUACUUCGAGGAAUCACCCUGUUGCAAUUUCGUUCCGCGGGCGAUAUUUGCCGACCUCGAGCCGGGUACGUUGAACGGACUGAGAUGCAGUCGGUACGGGAAAUUAUUCUCGCCGGAAAGUAUGGUUUGUGGAAUGCCAGGCGCUGGAAACAAUUGGGCUCGUGGAUAUCACACCGAGGGAGCGGAAUUACUGGAUGAAUUGCUGAAUGUGGCUCGUAAGAUGUGUGAGGGUUGCGAUUGUUUGCAAGGGUUCCAAUUGGUGCACUCGAUUGGCGGCGGAACUGGAUCCGGGCUUGGGUCUGUGCUGAUGGAAAAUCUGAAGGAUGAGUUUCCCCGGAAAAUUUUGAAUACGUUCAGCGUUAUCCCUUCACCGAAGGUUUCAGAGGUGGUUGUUGAACCAUACAAUGCAGUGUUCGCUUUAAACACAAUGAUCAACAACAGCGAUGAAACAUUUUGUUUGGACAACGAAGCCUUGUACGAUAUAAACGCAUCAGCAUUGCGGGUGGCAAGACCUGGAUUGGACGACCUUAACCACCUGAUAUCAAUGGCUAUGACUGGUAUCACUUGCAGCUUCCGAUAUCCCGGCCAGCUCAAUUCGGAUUUACGGAAGCUACUAACAAAUAUGGUACCCUACCAGAGGCUCCAUUUCUUUGUACCUGGGGUAGCACCGUUAACCUCAAAAGAGAAUCAAUGCUACAAACAGAUCUCCGUGCCAGAACUAGUCUACCAACUUUUCGACGAACGUAAUCUAAUGGCAGCGUGUGGCCCCUCCAAGGGCCAAUACCUCACGGCAGCUGCGUUGUUUAGAGGGCGUGUUUCAACGCGCAACGUCGAGGAACAGAUGGCAAACAUCAGACAGAAAAACAGCUCCAGCUUCUCCCAGUGGAUACCGAACAACGUCAAAUCGGCUAUCUGUGACAUUCCUCCCAGGGGACUCAAAAUUGCAGCCACCUUCAUCGCUAACACAACCUCUAUCACCCAACUGUUCAACAGACUGCUGGACCAAUUCGGAACUAUGUUUCGGCGAAAGGCAUUUCUCCAUUGGUACAUUGGGGAAGGCAUGGAGGAGCGGGAGUUCACGGAUGCGGAGCAGGGGCUCCGUGAGUUGGUGAAUGAGUAUGAGGCACACGAAACGACAACAGAGCUGCGUGGAGGAGACGGGAACUGAUUUGG